AUGGCUUUACACAGCUUAAGCUUAGCAAAAACAUGCGGACUAGUGGGCUAUGGCUCCAUUCUUUGGGGUAUGGGUGUGAUAACAAUUCGUCACGGAGGACCAUAUAUGUUUCGUACCAAUUUAAGUCGAAGUCUUACGAUGGCUGCUACAGUACCAGCUGUUUACAUUCUAGUACGUAUUAGUGAAGUAAUGUUUUCUCUUAAUUCGCAAGAAAGUCUAGCCGCACUGGCACUGGUUAAUGGUAUUGCAAUUAUUCUUGAUGGCGUCGCUCACACAUGGUUUCCAAGUGCGUAUGAAAAUCCAUCGUUACAGGAAACAAAUCCGCUGGCAGCAUGUUCUAUUUCAAGAUAUGGAUCUGGCUGGCUACUCUACUUUGUUGGCAUCUGUCUGACAAUGCUUGUAUUUCAAUAA